AGUCAGAAAGAGAGAGAGAGACGGGGGCGCGUGCGCGUGUGCGGAGCAGCUGCUUCGCAUUGUGCGAGGCGGGGACUGUUUGUGCUGCCGCUCCUCUUGGCGCGCGCGCGCGCGCGCACACACACACAUAUACAGAGCGGCGGCGGCAGCAGCAUCCUCCUCUGCCAGAGGAGGAUGAAGAGCGUGGCGAAGGAGGAGGAACGGAUUCCAGCAGCCGGUUCGGCGCGCGCCCACUGCCCCACCGCUCUGAGUCAAUCCAUUGGAAGAAGGAGAUCAUCUGCAUAAAAAGGAAAAGCAGUAUUUCUUUCAACCUGACCAAUGUUCAUCAGUUGUGUAGAAAAAAGCAGAAAAGUUUUCACUGACUAUGGAGUUUGGUGGGCAAGGCUGAGAGGGACCAUGCUAAUGACUGCCUGAAAGUGCCAGCUGCGGACGGAAGAGGUGGAUGCAAAGAGGCACAUUGAGCACUUGGAAUGUUUUCUGUCAGGUAGCAUCAAGGAGGGAGAGGCCACCCCAGCCUCAAGACGUGCAGCGUGAGACGUAAGGACCAUCUCAGCCUUUGACAUGAAGAAAGAUAUAGAUGCCUUAAUAGCAGAGGAAAGGGCAGAAAUCAUUGCGAAGUAUGAGAAGGGAAGGCAGGAAGGAGCUCAGAUUGAUCCAUGGGAAGAUGCUGACUUCACUCUCUACAAAGUCACUGACAGAUUUGGGUUUUUGCAUGAGCAUGAGCUACCAACCCGCAGUGCUCUGGAGGAGAAGCAAAAACUUCAGGAGAUUGAACGAGUGGACAAAUGGCUGAAGAUGUUAAGAAAAUGGGGGAAAUACAGAAACAGUGAAAAGAUGUUCCGGAGAGUUUAUAAAGGGAUUCCCCUCCAGGUGCGAGGCCAAGUCUGGUCGCUCCUGCUGGAUAUUGAAAACAUUAAGAUGGAGAAUGAAGGAAAGUAUGAGAAAAUGAAAGAACAAGCCAAGAGUUUCUCAUCAGAAAUCAAGCAGAUAGACCUUGAUGUCAAUCGCACCUUUCGAAACCACAUCAUGUUCCGGGAUCGCUAUGGAGUAAAGCAACAAGCCUUGUUUCAUGUCCUGUCAGCCUACUCAGUUUACAACACGGAAGUGAGCUACUGCCAAGGAAUGAGUCAGAUUGCAGCUAUCCUGCUGAUGUACUUAAACGAAGAGGAUGCCUUUUGGGCACUGGCACAGCUACUUACCAAUCAGAGGCACGCAAUGCAUGGAUUUUUCAUUCCUGGAUUCCCAAAGCUACAGAGAUUCCAAGCCCAUCAUGAGGCAAUCUUAAGCAAACUCUUUCCAAAGCUGAAGAAGCACAUGGACAAGGAGCAGAUGUCUACAGGGAUUUAUACAACAAAGUGGUUCCUUCAGUGCUUCAUUGACCGGACCCCAUUUACUUUAACUCUGCGGCUAUGGGAUAUCUACAUUCUGGAAGGAGAGAGGGUUCUGACAGCCAUGGCCUACACUAUCCUCAAGUUGCAUAAAAAGCGCUUGUUGAAAAUGACCCUAGAGGAUCUAAGGGAAUUCCUGCAAGAAAAAAUUGCUGGCUCCUUGCAUUUUGAAGAUGAUAUUGUAAUUGAGCAAUUGCAAGCGUCCAUGGCUGAACUGCGCAAAAUGAAAUUUGACCUGCCACCCCCGGCAAAAUCUGAAGAAUUCCCCAAGAAACCUCUGGGACUGGAGGUCUCUCUCAAUCCAGUGUCAGUGAAGCCUAAUGUUGCAGCUAACGGCCAGAAAAAGGCGGCUGGGGACCUCAACCAUGACAAAGAUGUUGUAAUGCAACCUUCUCCAGAUAAAAGUCCUACUUACUUGAACGAAACAAUAGUUAAUUCAAAUAAGGCAAUGCAUGAGAUAGCCUCUGUUCCACAACCCAAUGGACCACCCAUCCAAGCUGAACCAGCUGAUGUGCACCAAAAUCCAUUCCAGAAUCAUCAUCAGCCAAGCCAAAAGUUUGAAAUGGAAGAGAAACGAGUAGAAGAAAAUGCCAAUGAAAUCCCAUUGGAGGAUGGUCCUAUAAUGCUGGAUGAUAUUGAGGUCAUUGGAGAAAGUCAGGAUGUGGUGAUGGUCUGUAAGGUGGCUGAAUCAUUGGAGAGCAGUGGCGUAGAGAGGUAUAGUUUACAGGAAAAUAACCCCUGUCUUUUUAUAGAUGAUAUAGACCAUGCUGCUCCCCAGCGGCUUCAAGGUGAGACAGAUGGAUUGCCAAUGGACAACUCUCUCUGGGAGGAGUCUCACUUGCAGAGCCAGACCUUAGAAGCAGACCUGUCUAUCACCCCCAAUAGUACAGAGACAGUAUCGGAGUCAGAGAUAUUCUGCCAAGUGCCAUUGCUUCCAUCUCUUGAAGAGAAAAGAACCUCAGAGUUGGCAUCAUCUGUGUGCAAUGAUGCAGCUCUUCAAGAUGGGAGCAUCACCUGCUCCUCUGAGGAUUUAUUAUCUGAAGAUGUUGUGUUGCUUCCAGAUCACCUGUACCAGCCUCCAAGUCCAGACUUGUCUUCUAUGGCAGAACACAGCCAGUCCACAACAUGUGACUUGUCAGAAAGCACAGCUGCUCCAUGUCCGACCAAAGCACUUGCUGCUCUUCUUCUCCCAUUUCAGGAUGGACAACGGCGACCUUCUAAUGCAUCUCAGUAUGAUAACUUGUCUGAAGGUGACAAUGGAGAAGAGAAAUCUCCUGUACAGGUGCCCGGAUCUAAGAAACUGGCAGUUUUAAUACCACAGACUGAGCUCUGUUCUCCUGUGUUAAAGUGUACAGUGCCCAAGUCUGCAUCAGUUGGGGAGCUAGAAAAUCUGCAGAGGCAAAAUUGGGAAACGGUAGAUUUGAUGCAACAGCACAACGAAUACGGCCAGCCCAUUUCAUUUGCGGUAUUGCAUCCUCACAAGAACCACCCUGGUGGGGGCAGUGUGCCAAUCUUAUCUGAGCUGGACUCCGAGAUGCCGUUGCUGUCAGAAGGCUUACAAGCCCGGCCCACUUCAUCCCCGGUGUUGCAGGAGCAGCACAGCCCCUUCAGAAUAGUAAAGACUACCACCCCGCUUCACUUGGCUCAUGCUAUUGAGCAAGACUUCUCAAGCAAAAAGCAAGUGGCUCUGCCCUUGCCAGAAGCCAGCUGCCAUGAUGCAGGUGAUGCUGAGACACUUCCUCCUGUAGCUAUGGAAACUCUGGGUGGGGAUGCCAGGGACUGUGACCAGAAGUCACGGAACACUUUGAGUGGUUCACCUGCCCUUCAAAGGCCAAAGCCAAAAAUCCCACCCAAGGUUUUCAAAACUCAUUCAGAUAACAAUUUCUACCCCGGCUGCCCUCCCAUGGUGCAAAUGUCUAAGUCAGUCACAUUCUAGUAGAGCUGAGAAUGAGGAGAUUAAGGUUUCACAGCGCUUAUUCAUGAGAGGUUUGGAAUGAGAAAGCACAGCCUAAGGAGGCAACUGCAUUGCCAGUCAUACUGUAUGCCAAUAAUUCAGGAUGGAGCUUAGAAUACAGGCCAGUAGACAAUGCCUGUAGAUGGAUUCUUUACAAAUUUGGGUUCUCCUCUUCAGACAGCUCCCAAAGUGCUUUUGAAUCCGGCUUUUCCUCUCCUCUUUCACACCCGAGUAGAUGUCUAACAGAUUUAACCUGACAAAACCAUUUGAACUAUUUCUUUCCAAACCCAUACAGCUGAAAAUUUAAGGUGAGCAUUAGAACACCAGGGAGGUGGAAGGAGUCAUUUAAGGCAGCAGGUGGACCACUCAGCUGUAGGUUUGGGCCAGUAGCACAUCUUUUCAGUAGCAAUAGUGGUGCGGCUCUUCUGUUUCAGUCUAGCAGCCAGUGUAGUCCUGUAAAUUAAGCAGUGGGUGAUUCAUGUCAGGAAAGUUAGCUUUUACAGCAUCUAUGCAAUAUCCAGCACACAUUGUUCAUGUGUGUGUUCUCUUGCAGUGAAACCAGGCGACUCAGCAUGCCUGUUCUUUAGCUCCCUCACUUGUUUGCACUGAUGAGGAUUCUCAAAGAUUAGUAAAAAUAUUUCAUGCAGAGGAAUGCUUUUCUGUUCAGUUGAACUGUGUGAUGUCCUGCACAUAGAUAGCAAGAGUAGUUUCUGAAAGAAGCCAAGGCGGUGGGCUGGAUUCCAUGCAGCUCACCAGGGAUGGGUUCAUGUCCUUGGACCACUUGCAUCACCAGGAGGGGUGACUGUGGCAGACAGAAGAACUGUAGGAGGGUCUGUCUACCCGUCUCUCCCUCUGUAUUUUUCCUGUGCAGAUUCUGGAAGUGAGCUGGCUCACAACCAUGCAGGUGACUCAAAAAAGCUUCUGUAAAGAGGGGCUGUGCACUUGUACAAAAACGAGAACUGCUCUGUUAUUCUUAGGCUGUUGGCAAACCACAAGAGUCCCGUGGAAUUGACACUAAGGAUACCAUUUCCAGCCUAGCCUUGUGGAAAGCAUGUUGGAGAUGAUAGGAAAGUCAUCACAAUUCUUGUGAAUGUUUACACAGACAUAAGCCCACUGAGUUCAUUGGCGCUUACUGCUAAGUAAGUGUGCAUAGGAUUGCAGCCUUUACUUUCCUAGAUCCUUGAUGCCAUUCUUUGCCCAUUUGUCUGUCAACAAAAUGCAAAGUGGCCAAGACAGAAAACAUAGCUUUAGAAGAUAGCCUUUCCUAGGAACGUAAGGUGUGCUGUAAGAACGUGUAUAGUCCUAAAAACUAUAGCUUUAGAAGGGAGCUUUCCUAAGGCCUGGUUCUUCAAAUACAAGCUUAUACUUCAUGCCCGACCUUCUUUCCAGAGCUGUUGUCCAUCAGUAUUUGCCCCCAGCCUUUUCAAUGGAUUAUCUAGUUUUCACUCCUGGGGCCAAGAAAUGCCUCCUUAAACAGAUGUCUGGUUUGAAGUGAAGGACUGGAUAGUGCACAGUUGCUUGUUUGAAUGGUCUAUUGCUUUUUAAUAUUUUUAUCUAGAAGUGAGGGAGCAAAGCAAGCAGUCUGCAGCUGGCAAUCCUAACUUCUCUUUGCUAACCACAAGGAGAGGUUACUUGUUUAGCCCUGGGAGCCAGGAAUUCUUCUAAUGUCACAGUAGCUUUGUUUAUGAUUUUAGGGGCUUGUAUAACUUCUUGUCUGCCUCUUCCUUUGGUGAGAUGGGGAAGAGGGAAUAAUAAUCCUUAAUUCUUACCUCAUGGGGUGGUGUGAGGCCUAAUGAUUAGUUAGUUCUUGCAGUGUUCUUGAAGGAAAAGAAGAAUGGCGAUGGGGGAAGACAAAGAUUGUGCUUGUGUGGAAUUUUACAUUUUACUUCCCUAACUGCUGCACAGUUGCUGAAAAAUGUUUGUGUAUAUCAGUCGUUCCAAGAUAGUAUUUCAAGGGUAAUGACUGAUAAGUCUUCAUUUUGCUCAUUGGCUUCUAGAACAGAAAGAAAAGUAUUGAAAAACUAUUGAUAUCUAGGUUAGAUUUCCCUCAACGCGCACAAGACUCCUGUUUGCUGUAGUUGGAGCAAAGGUUAAUAGGAAAAAGAUGGGAUCCUGUUUAGUCAAAUAUGUGUUCAUUCUACCAGUCUGAUCUUCCAAUUUCUGUAUAUAUUUUUUAUGUGUACCUCCAUUUUCAGUCUAAUAAGGUACGAUCAGAAUUAAGGUCAUCAUGCAAUACAUUAGUUUUAAAGGUGCUUAUCCAGAAAUAUUUCACAGCUGUCAAAUGCACAUCCCAGUUAGCACCUACAUGCCUUGAACUUGUGACGCACAUUUUCCACAAAAAGAAUUGCUAAUGGACUAUAUAUGCUCUAGCUAAUUGCAGUAGGACAGCCAAUAGUUACCUUACGGAAAGGCGACAUUCCAGGCCCCUGCUGAGCUUUAGAGCACUGCACCCUAGUGGAAACAGCAGGUGUUGCCUCAAUUAGAUCUUUGGCUACCAGACAGCCAGAGAACAGGACUGUGGCCCAAUUAAAGUUUAAGAUUAUUUUUCAAAAAUUAUUAUUAAUGCAUGCCACACUCUUCCUUGUACAACUCCUGGCUUCAAAAUGUUCAUCCGCAGGUGUCUGAGCAGUGCUAUAAUGUGUGGUCUCAAAAUCAGCUGUUUAAUUUCUGGAGCACUAUAUGGUUCAGUAAUAGACUGGUACGAUGACAAGCCACGGUGCCUAUCUGUGUGCAUGUCCUUUUUCAAGCAGCAGAACCAAGCUGGCUGUUGUUGUUUCGUUGUCCUAGCUUUUUUGUGCCCCUGUCUACUGCAGCCUCCCAAAGAACUGCACAGGAACCAAGGGACACUUUGAAACAAAAUGAACUGUAGCAGAGCAGGCUCUGGACCAAAUAUACUCUACGAACUAGUCACUUUCCUCCAGCCCAUUGGCUUUACAGCUGUUUCUUUUGGAGCCUUUCCUUUUCUCUUGAUUCAUACUGGGGCAUUCAUGGUCCCUCUGCCCCCCCCCCACCGGCCCCCUCUGGUCAUAAGCCCGUGGCAAUGAGCUGCUUCUCUUAAGGGCUUCCUUAAGAAUAUUGGGUUACUUUUUGCCUUUAUAUUGAUUGCAUAUGCUGAUCAGAUUGUUUGCAUCUUCAGAAGAAAAAAAGAAUUGCAAUGCAUGUACGACUCACUAAACUGACCUUGCAGGAAAGCUCUAACACUUUCAACUUUUCCGUACAAUGGGUGGGAGUACAAAUGUGAGUUAAGGGUAAAGGAGUUCUAAAAAUGACAGUAUCAUGGCCUGAUUUGCUGUGAACCAAGGAGGACAAGUCAUUUUUCUCCAUGCAAUUGAUCAAAAGAUGCAGGAUUCUUUGCUGGGCUACUCUCCUUGAAACACAGCAAAAUCCGGGAAAUGUCUAGAGUUUUAUUUAAUCAGCGUGCUUCUUAAAAGGGGCAAAUUCCCAAAGAGGAGCAGACUUUGUAUUACCUUCUUAAGGCAUGACACUUCUCAAGCCAAUAACUUAAGCAACCCACAGAUCACUGCAAGGGGGGGGGGGGAACCUCUGUGAGGAGUUGCAGCAGACAUUAACCAUGUGUAGGUUACUAGGAAAAUGUAUAAAUCAACUCUCUGGUUCUACCCAAAGUUAGGUAGAUACCUAGAGGAUAAGGCAGGCUAUCCACCCAUCUUGUUUAUGCUUUAGAGGUGUAACUGUCUUAUUUACAUUAGAAAUGUAAAAUGUAACUUUACAUAUAGGAGUUGGUCACAGUGCAUAUUGUACUUUGAAAAGGCAUUCAGAUAAUAACAGUUGUGCAGGUAUUAGUAAAACCUGGAUGAAGUAGUAAUUAAUGUUAGAUGUAUUUAAAAUGUACGAUUUCCCUAGGCAGUACUGCCACCCAGGUAAAAACUGAUAAACAAUGCCUACCCAGUAGGAACUCUGAUGUGCAUAUGUGCAACAUUCCCUGUGUACAGCAUUCUCAUGUUAAAACCCAGGUGGAAGCAUUCUCUAUCUGCAGUUAUUGUCUAAAUCUCUUUGUUGAGGGACUUUGUUGUCAAGCUCAUGCAAACAUUCUUCUCUGCCAGUGGCCUGUUCCAAUUCUAGUUUGGAAGCUGCUGUUUCAAACGGGAACAGUAGAAAGGCGGGCACGGUACUUUGUUUCCCUUGCUGAAUUACUCCCCCCCCCCCCCCCGAAAUUCCCUCAAAUCCGACCAACCUCUCUCUUGGAAAUGGCACUGGGACCAAAGCAAAUGUGAGAGUGACAAGGGGCAUAAGAGAGCUUACCUUGGUGCGCAUGCCUGAAAUUCUCCACCCUAAAUUUUAGUUGAGCGUCACGUGCAGAUAGGAAACCAAUUUGAUUCUGCUCUAACAGCACAAUUAAAUUUCCUGAUGAAAGACCUUUGAGACAUUAUGGAAGUGGACCAGAAUGCUAAAGAAUUCAGCUGGGAUGCCUGCAGCAAAAAAAGAGGAUUAGAUAAUGCAAGCGUGUAAAACAGACUCCAAACAGGAUGCAAGAGGGACUAGUACAGUGCAUCUUACGUGGAAAGGUGGGUAUUUAACCGAGAGGGUAUUUAACCGAGAUAGUAGUUUUUCAUCACACCAUCUGUUUUUCAUGUUCUCUCAACUGGAGAGGACUAGUAAGGAGUUAGAAAAGGAGCAACGUUUUGUCCAGUAUUCUAGCAACAUUAGGGAUGCCCUUGUACAAACUAGACUGCCAUAUGCAGAAAGCUACUUGGAUUUCAACGGUCUCUAGUUUAGGCACUAUUUUACAUGAUGUUUUGUAAGCUUAAUGCUUACUACUUUUGGACAACAAUGCAUUUACCACCUCUAGUUGCGAAGUGAGCUCUAGAGAGGUUUGCUAGUGGUAUUUUUCUUUUGAUGCCAUUAUUUCCUAUUCAGGUUUGCCACCUUUUGCUAUAGGAGCAUGCCCACUGUAAGUCAAGACAGGACAAGUACAAUAUCUCCCUUGAAAAUAAGGUGUGUGCUUGGUGGGGGCUGUGGAAUAUUCAGUGCAAAGAAGCUUACUUGUGCAAGUAGGCAAACAGCAACUUCACCUGCUCGAUAGCAAACAAUGAAUGGCUCCUACAGCCUUCCUAAGUAAGGGGAAUGGAGCCAGUAUUUCUUUAGGAACUCAGGAAAAUACUCCCUCCCCCCACCCCAAUCCCAAAUGGUGUGCAUGUAGCUGAGAUGUAUUUAGUUUUAAUGUUCAGCUAGGGGUUGGAUCAGAUCCAACACUUUUGAGCAGAAACAGUACAGCCAUGUGGCAGAAAUUCAGCAUGGAGGUUCUGGAAACUCUUCCAUUGUUGAAACUUGUAACCUCUGCAGUUCAGUAGAUUGGUCCUUUUGUGCACUUUGAUCGCUCUGCUGCCAUUGUCUUUUUUAUUAUUACAUUUUAAUUGCUAUUCUUGUUUACACUUCUUGAGAGCUUCCUCUGUAACUCCGUGUAUUGUAUUAUUGCUUUCAUGCCUUUUUAUGUAUAUGCUUGGGGUGGGCGGGUGGGAGGGCAAAACAAA